AUGAGUGAAUGUGAAUUAAUCUACAAUGGAGAUGAUGACUUUUUUCAUGAACUCCCAGAAACCUUUCCAUCUGACCCACCUGAGCCAUUGCCACACUUCCUCAUUGAGCCGGAGGAAGCUUAUAUUGUGAAGAACAAGCCUGUGAACCUGAAUUGUAAAGCCAGCCCUGCUACCCAGAUCUACUUCAAGUGCAACAGCGAGUGGGUUCAUCAGAAGGACCACGCAGUAGACGAGAGAGUAGAUGAAACCUCUGGUCUAAUUGUGAGAGAAGUGAGCAUUGAGAUUUCACGCCAGCAGGUGGAGGAACUAUUUGGGCCUGAAGAUUAUUGGUGCCAGUGUGUGGCCUGGAGUUCAGCAGGCACUACGAAGAGUCGGAAGGCAUACGUGCGCAUUGCGUAUCUACGGAAGACAUUUGAGCAGGAACCCUUGGGAAAGGAAGUAUCCUUGGAGCAGGAAGUCUUACUCCAGUGUCGGCCACCUGAAGGGAUCCCAGUGGCUGAGGUGGAGUGGCUAAAGAAUGAAGACAUAAUUGAUCCUGCUGAAGAUCGGAAUUUUUAUAUUACUAUCGAUCACAACCUGAUUAUCAAGCAGGCCCGACUCUCAGACACAGCCAAUUAUACCUGCGUUGCCAAAAACAUUGUUGCCAAGAGGAAAAGCACCACAGCCACUGUCAUAGUGUAUGUUAAUGGUGGCUGGUCCACCUGGACAGAGUGGUCUGUGUGUAACAGCCGCUGUGGGCGAGGAUAUCAGAAACGCACAAGGACCUGCACCAACCCAGCCCCACUCAAUGGCGGGGCCUUCUGUGAGGGCCAGAGUGUGCAGAAAAUAGCGUGCACUACAUUAUGUCCAGUGGAUGGUAGGUGGACUUCGUGGAGCAAAUGGUCAACCUGCGGGACUGAAUGCACCCACUGGCGCAGGAGAGAGUGUACAGCACCAGCCCCCAAGAACGGGGGUAAGGACUGUGAUGGCUUGGUCCUCCAAUCCAAGAACUGCACUGAUGGGCUGUGCAUGCAGGGAUUCAUUUACCCCAUUUCAACUGAGCACAGGACCCAGAAUGAAUAUGGAUUUUCUUCUGCUCCUGACUCAGACGAUGUCGCUCUUUAUGUUGGGAUUGUGAUAGCAGUAACCGUUUGCCUGGCCAUCACUGUUGUGGUGGCUCUGUUUGUGUACCGGAAGAACCACCGUGACUUUGAGUCUGACAUCAUUGACUCCUCAGCACUCAAUGGAGGCUUUCAACCUGUGAACAUCAAGGCUGCCAGACAAGAUCUCCUGGCUGUCCCCCCGGAUCUCACCUCAGCUGCAGCCAUGUACAGGGGACCUGUGUAUGCUCUGCAUGAUGUCUCGGACAAAAUUCCAAUGACCAAUUCUCCAAUUCUGGACCCACUGCCCAACUUGAAAAUCAAAGUGUACAACAGCUCAGGUGCUGUCACUCCCCAGGAUGACCUGACUGAGUUCUCAUCCAAGCUGUCACCACAGAUGACCCAAUCCUUGCUAGAGAAUGAGGCCCUUAACCUGAAGAACCAGAGUCUCGCCAGACAGACUGACCCAUCCUGCACAGCAUUCGGCACCUUCAACUCCCUCGGGGGUCACCUCAUCAUUCCAAAUUCAGGAGUAAGCUUGCUGAUUCCCGCUGGGGCCAUUCCUCAGGGGAGAGUCUAUGAAAUGUAUGUGACUGUACACAGGAAAGAAAAUAUGAGGCCCUCCAUGGAAGACUCUCAGACGCUACUGACCCCUGUGGUAAGCUGUGGGCCUCCUGGAGCUCUGUUGACCCGCCCUGUCAUCCUCACACUGCAUCACUGUGCAGACCCCAGCACUGAGGACUGGAAGAUCCAGCUCAAAAACCAGGCUGUGCAGGGACAGUGGGAGGAUGUGGUGGUGGUUGGGGAGGAAAACUUCACAACCCCCUGUUACAUUCAGCUGGAUGCAGAGGCUUGCCAUAUCCUCACAGAGAAUCUCAGUACGUACGCCCUGGUUGGGCAGUCCACUACCAAAGCAGCUGCCAAGCGUCUGAAACUAGCGAUCUUUGGGCCCCUCUGCUGCUCUUCCCUGGAGUACAGCAUCAGAGUCUACUGCCUGGAUGACACACAGGAUGCCCUGAAGGAAGUUCUACAACUGGAGAGACAAAUGGGAGGACAGCUUCUAGAAGAACCCAAGGCUCUUCAUUUUAAAGGUAGCAUCCAUAACCUGCGCCUGUCAAUUCAUGACAUCGCCCAUUCCCUCUGGAAGAGCAAAUUGCUGGCUAAGUAUCAGGAAAUUCCAUUUUACCAUAUCUGGAGUGGCUCUCAAAGAAACCUCCACUGCACCUUCACUCUGGAAAGACUCAGCCUAAACACAGUGGAGCUGGUUUGCAAACUCUGUGUGCGGCAGGUUGAAGGAGAAGGGCAGAUCUUCCAGCUCAACUGUACUGUGUCAGAGGAACCUACUGGCAUCGAUUGGCCUCUCCUGGACCCUGCUAGCACCAUCACCACUGUCACUGGACCAAGUGCUUUCAGCAUCCCUCUCCCAAUCCGGCAGAAGCUGUGCAGCAGCCUGGAUGCCCCUCAAACAAGAGGACAUGACUGGAGGAUGCUGGCUCAUAAACUCAACCUGGACAGGUACUUGAAUUACUUUGCCACCAAAUCGAGCCCAACUGGCGUAAUCCUGGAUCUUUGGGAAGCACAAAACUUCCCAGAUGGAAACCUGAGCCUGCUGGCAGCUGUGCUGGAAGAGAUGGGCAGACAUGAGACAGUAGUGUCCUUGGCAGCAGAAGGACAGUAUUGACCACACUGGAACUGACACUGAAGGACAAAAUUACACAGGGAGUCUGUGUUCAGGGGAACCACAUCUGAGGAGGAAAUCCAGAUAGGACCAAGGCGCUUUACAGGCAAGAUGGCAACAGGAAACGUGGGGGACAGAUAUAACCACCAAGGUACACGCCCACUUCAUUCGGACAGCACCACCGCGGGAGUUAAGAAAAAUUGUGUAAAUUUGUACCUUGAAUUUAAAAACCAAUCUAAUUUUCUCUUCGUUGGGCUGUAUGCUGUAUGGUACAGGAUCUUACAGUUUCCUAGGAAACGCUUUUUAUUGCUAUCCAGAUGUAUGGAUAAACUUUCUUAACAAACCCAGUUUCUACAAAUGUUGUUUACAUCAAUUUGGACAGGGAUGCAGACACUGUCCAUAGCUCGUUCUAUUUUUGUUCCGAUCAUUUGAAGUUGAAGCUGUGGACGGUUUAUUGUGUCUAUUUCAGAUUAGUAAUUUACAGAGAAAUCACAGACUUUUGCUAAAAAUCGUGUACAUCAAGUGUCUCAGAUAAUCUUCCCAUCAGUGUUCUGUUUCUGAAACUUGUCGGACCAGUAUUGGCAUUGGUAUCAGGGAAGUAGAGAAUCUAAAUGUAAAAGAGAAAUUGCUAAAAUGUCUUACAUCCUGGGGGAACCCAGUUGGUGUUCUUUGGGAACAGAGCUGUAGCAUUACAGGGGAGGUAGCGAUUCAUUUCCUCCACACAAACAUGUCUGUACUACAUGUGUGUUUGUAAUAAGCAAUUUCAAGUGUUUUUUAAAAAAUAUUAUCAUUAUUAUUGAUGAUUAUUACAAAUAUUCUAGUAAAAAGAUUUUCCU